AUUUAAAUUGAAUUCAAAUAAAGAAGCCCAUUCGAUUAGCACCAAGGUGUCACUAAAACACUUAAUUCACGAUUGAAAAAAAUAUAUAUUUUCCCACAAUCCUUUGCGUUCAGCGGACUGCAUGCGACGGAUUUCGAGGCUAAAAACAAAUCAAUGACAUUUUGUAAAAAUCACUAUGGAGACGGAACAACCAAAGAACGACAGUGCUUCACACACACCUGCCACCUCUGAAUCAAAGAAGCCAAGCCAGGCUCUGUACCAGCCAAAGAAACGACUCCAAUCCGCUAAAGACAAACCUCAAGUUGAAGGGGAAGUAAAACCACGACCCAGGCCUCGCUACACGGACAAGGCUAAAAAGAACGCUAAGAACAAGAAGGACAAGGCAGAAGGCGCAGGGAAUCAACCUGUGGAAGGAGCUGAGAGGCAAACUGAUCCCGCCAACCCUGUUGUGGAGGAGGGGCAGCUACAGUGUCCAGAUGUUGACACCAAUGGGCAGCUCAACUUAGAAGAUGCUGAGACAGAUGUUUCCUCCUGGCUUGAAGAGGCUUCCUGUCACGAAGAAAAGGGACAAGAGGAGAGUUGGGACACCUUGUUCAAUGAUGAUGGAGAUUGUCUUAGUCAUCGGCUGCUUGAAGAGCUGUCUCUCAGCGAAGGAAAAAAGAAGAAGUCAAUCCAAGAGGCCAAAUUUGAUUAUUACAACAUGAACAGAUUCGACGACGAUGAUGAUGACGAUGACGACGACAACACAGACGACAGUAUGGAGGAGCUCGCUCACAUCAUCGAGAUCUACGAUUUUCCCUCUGAGUUUAAAACAGAGGAUCUUUUCAAGUUAUUUCAGGCUUACCAACAGAGAGGCCUCGACAUCAAGUGGAUUGACGACUCACACGCUCUUGGUCUCUUUGCAAGCCCCAUUGCAGCUCGUGACGCUUUAAGAAGUAAACAUCCAUUGAUGAAGAUGCGGCCACUCUCCAAAUCCUCUUCUGAGACAAAGGCCAAAGCCCGUAGCCUUUGGGAAUCCCCUCUGCCUCCUAAGGAGAGACCUCAGACCAGUGCAGCUUUGGCUCGCAGGCUUGUCAUUGGUGCACUCGGUGUGAAGAGCAACCUGACAAAGGAGCAGCGGGAUUCCGAGAGGAAGAAGCUCCAGGAAGCAAAAGAACAAAAGCGUCUGGCAGCCAAACAGAGAGAAGACGCUUGGGAGGGAAGGUGAUUGGAGAGCAAACUUGCCCUGCUUCGCUUGACUCAAGUCAGGCCACACCCGCCUACCGCCACACUUUCUUGACAUGUAGUCAGUCCCACCUUUUACCAAGCAUGCAGUGUCUCGUGUCAUUGCUGGUUUUAGUAGAAUCCUCAUCUUUUAGUCAAAUCCUUCCCAUUACCUGAAUUAAAUGUUACAUCUUCAAAUUGACUUAUAGCGAUACAGCAAACAUAAUUCGGAGUGAGGAUGGAAUAUUGUAUAUAAAUUCAAUUUUCCAAGGUGACAUAAAACCUUUGUCAGUCCAAGAUUAUCACGUUUGCAUUUUGAAACAAUGAUAUACAUGUAUUUAUAUAGUCGUUUUUAGUAGGUUUGUAUAGGAUAUGUACUGUCAGGUUUUGUGUGUGUCCACUUCACUAGUAAAGUAAGGGUUUUAGUCCAGUAGUGUAGAUAUCGGGUCUGUGAAUGCUAAUAAUCAUAAUUUGGGUUUAAAAUGAGGGAGCAAUAGUAAUAAUUUAAUGUACAUAAUCUCCUGUAUGUGUGGAACCUCGCCUGAUUCCUGCAAGUCACUUGGGGUGAAUGUUUUAUUUUCUGCAACAUAAUAUGAACAGUGGAUGACGUUGUAAAUAUAAUGAAUGGAAUUAAACCAUGAGCUCUGUGUUCCAUCAA